AUUCUCAAGAGAACAACUUUGAACUCUUUGACAGCUCCUCCAACCCGUCCCACUCCCACUGUUCCCUUCUCUUCUUCACAGAUUUUAAUUUCUCAGCUCAAAAAAGAAACAAAUAUACAGAGGCCUAAAACAAAAAACAGAGGAACCAAAAAGAAAACUCUUUUAACAUAUUAAUAUUUGGUAGAUUUCCAUCAAAAUUCAAAAAAAAAAAAAAAAUGGCUGGUUAUGUAGGCAUUUUGGUCUCAGAUCCAUGGCUGCAAAACCAGUUUACUCAAGUCGAGCUUCGUAGCUUAAAAACUCACUUUAUGAGUAUGAGAAGAGAGAGCGGAAAGUUAACGGUGGGAGACUUAGCAUCGAGAAUGUCGAAAUUGAAAGUUGUGGGAGAGAAUCUGAAUGAUCAGGAACGAGCUGAUUAUAUCUCUGAUUUGUAUCCUAACUUGAACGAUGAAGUCGAUUUUGAGUUCUUUUUGAAGGUUUAUUUGAAACUUCAUGCACAUGCAAGUGCAAGAACAGGAAGUCCAGCAAAGAACUCAUCAGCAUUCCUAAAGGCAGCUACAACUACUCUGCUUCACACCAUUAGUGAAUCCGAAAAGGCAUCCUACGUUGCCCAUAUCAAUAAUUAUCUUGCUCAAGAUGGGUUCUUAAACAAAUACUUACCCAUUAAUCCUUCCUCUAAUGAUCUGUUUGAGAUUGUUAAAGACGGUGUUAUUCUUUGCAAGCUCAUAAAUGUAGCAGUUCCGGGUACGAUUGAUGAAAGGGCCAUUAAUACUAAGAGAGUGCUCAAUCCAUGGGAAAGAAAUGAAAACCAUACGCUAUGUUUCAACUCUGCCAAGGCUAUUGGCUGCACUGUAGUCAAUAUAGGGACAGAAGAUUUCAUUGAAGGAAGGAGACAUCUUGUGCUUGGAUUGAUUUCUCAAAUUAUUAAGAUACAACUAUUGGCAGACCUCAACUUGAAGAAAACACCCCAGUUGGUGGAGCUUGUUGAUGAUAGUAAGGACGUGGAAGAAUUGAUGAGUUUACCACCAGAGAAGAUCUUACUGAGGUGGAUGAAUUUCCAACUGAAGAAAUCUCCAUACAAGAAAGUAGUCACAAAUUUCUCCACUGAUGUAAAGGAUGCAGAGGCUUAUGCGCACCUUUUAAAUGUUCUUGCACCUGAGCAUAGUAGUCCCUCUACAUUGGCUGUCAAAGUUCCAUUACAAAGAGCAAAGUUGGUUCUUGAACAUGCAGAUAGGAUGGGAUGCAAGAGAUACUUAACUGCAAAGGAUAUUGUGGAUGGUUCCCCAAAUCUUAAUCUUGCUUUCGUUGCACAUAUUUUCCAGCACAGGAAUGGCCUCUCAACUCAAACCAAACAGAUAUCUUUUCUUGAAACUCUACCAGAUGAUGCCCAAGUUUCUAGAGAGGAAAGAGUAUUUCGCUUCUGGAUCAAUAGUCUGGGAAAUUCAACAUACAUUGACAAUGUCUUUGAAGAUCUCAGAAAUGGCUGGAUACUUCUAGAGACCCUCGACAAGAUUUCACCUGGGAUUGUUAAUUGGAAGGUUGCUAACAAGCCUCCUAUUAAGUUGCCAUUUAAGAAAGUAGAAAACUGUAACCAAGUGGUUAAAAUAGGGAAACAACUAAAAUUUUCCCUGGUUAAUAUCGCUGGAAAUGAUAUUGUGCAAGGAAAUAAAAAACUAAUAUUGGCUUAUUUGUGGCAAUUGAUGAGAUACAACAUUCUCCAACUUCUGAAGAACCUAAGAUUCCAUUCCCAUGGAAAAGAAAUUACUGAUGUCGAUAUUCUAAGGUGGGCUAAAACCAAAGUAAGCAAUUCGGGAAGCCAGACUCGCAUGGAUAGUUUCAAGGACAAGAGCUUGUCAGAUGGCAUAUUUUUCCUUGAGCUUCUUAGUGCUGUUCAGCCUAGAUCUGUAAAUUGGAGUCUUGUUACAAAAGGAGUAACUGAUGAGCAGAAAAAGAUGAAUGCCACCUACAUCAUUAGUAUUGCAAGGAAGCUUGGGUGCUCAAUAUUUUUGCUUCCUGAAGACAUAACUGAGGUAAAUCAAAAGAUGAUCCUCACAUUGACUGCAAGCAUCAUGUAUUGGUCCUUGAAACAACCUGUUGAAGAGAAACCAUCUGCAACUUCAGAUAGUGAAAAUGGAAGCCAACUGGAGACAAUCUCAAACUCAACAAUUGAUGACUCAGCAUCUGAGUCAUCAAUAGAGUAGAACAGGAAUGAACAAUUAGGUGCUUAAACUCUGUAUCUUUUUUUUUUUUUUUUUUUUUGUUUCUCUUCAUACACACUCCCGUUUUGGAUUAAAUUUGAUUGCAAUGAUUGUUGUAUGACAUUACAGAAAUCGGGGCGUUCAAGCUAAUUUUGCAAAGGCAAAUGCAUAUGCGAAUAGCAUUUCCAGUUUUCUUCUUUCUGCUCUUCUAACUACCUAUCUGUAUGUAUUGGUUCUGCUCUAAAGUAAUUGUAAGGCGAUGCCAUCUCUUUCCUCUUUUUCCUAACAACCUUUGCUCGCUAACUAUGUAACCAUAGGCACAUGGAGAUAUCGUGACUUGGAAGAAAAAUCAUUGGCACGAGAAUUGGGCAAUUCUAUUUUGCAUAUAAUUUGUUUGGAGUCAAUAAAUAUAAGAAUCCCCAAGGCCCAAGUGCAUAACUCAAAGCUACAAAAAAGGGCAUUGGCAUCCAACAAUUAAGAAAUGGACAAAUGAUUAUACCCCUUUAUAAUCUUUGCAAAUUGCAAUAUAUAAGUAAAUAAAGCAGACCCUGAGCUGUUAGCUC